AUGGGAAGCAUCAACUCAGUAAGGAAUCCAAUUGUUCCAGGAACAAUUUUAUCAAAAGAUGAGGAUGACACUGAAGUAGAUGAUAUGAUGUUCAAACAAGUCAUUGGAAGCCUCAUGUAUCUAAUGGUAACUCGACCGGAUUUGAUGUUCAGAGUGAGUUUGAUGAGCAGGUUCAUGGAAAAUCCAAAAGAAUCACAUUGGGCUGCUACAAAAAGACUCUUAAGAUAUCUAAAAGGAACCACGGAGCACGGAAUAUUCUAUAAGAAUAAAGGAAGAAAAACAAGUCUUAUAGCUUACUCUGACAACAAUUAUGCAGGAGAUUUAGAUGAUCGAAGAAGCACUUCUAGUUUAGUGUUUAUGAUAGGGUCUGAAGCUGUUUCAUGGGCUUUGAAAAAACAACUUGUUGUGAGCAUAUCUACCACUGAGGCGGAAUAUAUUGCUGCAGCACAUUGUGCUUGUCAAUGUAUUUGGCUUAGAAGAAUCUUGGAGCAACUUCGAGCUGAAGAAAAGGAAGAAAUUGUGAUUUUAUGUGACAACAGUUCCACUAUUCAAUUGUCCAAAAAUCCAGUUUUUUCAUGGCAGAAGUAA